AUCUUUACCAGUACAAACAACGGGUUACGCUUAAGUGAUCGUAAAAGUAAAUAUUUGAAGCGAUACGGUUCACCCACGCAGAAUUGCUAAAUGAUGGUAUUGCAAACUGUCAAUUACACACUCAUUUAAAAAAUAAGAUGAGGAUAAAUAUUGUACAGAGAUUUUUCCAUCAUAACAAUUGCGGAAAUAUAUUCAUAUCACACCUGAGAAAGGGAACACCAUGUGUAACAGCUAGAUAUUCUUCAACUGGUAAUGAAACUAAGAGAUAUAAUGUAGGCAUUCUUGGUGCGGGCAGAAUCGCUAGCUCAGUACAUAUUAAAAACAUUCUUAGGAACCGUAAAUUAGUAGUGAAAUGGAUCGUAGAUGACAGUAAAGAUGCUCUUACCAAUGUGCAGGACGAACAUUUAAUUUUUGAUGUACCAUUCCAUCCAUCAAAAGAAGUUGAUAAUUUACUCGAAGAUAAAAGUCUUGAUGCAGUCUUUGUUUUCACCCCAACAUCAACUCAUGCUGAUUACAUCUGUAGGAGCUUAAACAAAGGAAAGAACGUUCUUACAGAAAAGCCAACGGGAUCCACAUAUGAUGAAAUAAAACUGUGCUAUGAAACAGCAGAGAAAAACAACAAAAUAUUAGUCACAGGGUUUCAGAGACGAUUUGAUCCAUUGUUUCAAGAUAUAUAUGCAGCAACAAGAAAUAAUGGAAUAGGAGAUAUCCAAAUGAUAAAAUUAACCAACAGAGAUAGUCCAAAGCCAGCCUAUGAAUUCUUACUUAAUACAGAUUCAGAAGGUUGUAAUAUUGUAUCAGAUCUCGCUGUACAUGACAUUGACAUGAUGGUCUGGAUGACCAAUGGCGAGUUACCAGAAUCGGUCUACACGAUAGGACAUAUACAUGACCCAAAGCUUAAGUCAGCAAAACAGCCAGAUACUGCAGUCGUUACGCUCAAGUUUAAGAAUGGGAUAAUGUGUACUAUUGAUUUAUCACGUGAUGCUGUUUAUGGUUAUGAUAUUCGAUUAGAGUUAUUUGGUUCUGGAGGAAUGGCAUCUGGCGAAUCUCCAAGACGGUCUACAUCAGUAACAGAUGCUGCACAUGGUGCUCUACUCCGACAACUUCAUCAUUCAUUUCCUCAGAGAUUUGAAGGUGCAUUUGAAAGUUUGUUAACUCAUUUCGUUGACUGUAUGGAUGGGAAGACGAAGCCACUUAUAACAAAGGAAGAAUGUUUGUUGGUAGCCAAUAUCUCAGAAAAAGCUGUUCAAUCGUUUGUGGAAGGACGUGCAGUCAUUUUUUAAAACAAAUUGAUACCUAAAACAUUUACAAGUGAGCAUUGGAAAUAAAACGGUGCAUGGGGCAAACAACGAACUACGAAAAAUAUCUCGGUGGCAAUUCAUGACUUCUACAUCGUGUUCAAGGCAAGCAUUGCGUCUAAUACAAAAACUACCAGUAAUUCGUUUUUUUUUAUUUA